GUCCAACUCUUAUUUACCAGGAAAUGGAAUUCCGAAAUUAUUGCGCGAAAAUCAACGACAUGACAGCACGAGUCAGAAUGGCUGAGAAUGGUGCACAGCUGGUAAGCAGACUUGAAGGGCGACAGUCAUUGAGGGACAUUGAACCCAGUAUCUUUCCUGUCGACGGUGGUCCAGGUCAAGGUGACGUCGUGGAGUUUCAUGGCUCGGAGGGCACAGGAAAGACCGAAACCUUGUACCACCUCAUCACCCGCUGCAUCAUGCCAGUCCAGAGUAGAGGUCUGGAGGUGGCGGUGGUCUUCGUUGACACGGACUACCACUUUGACAUGCUGCGCUUGGUGAGCGUUCUGGAGGGGCGUUUGGCUGAAGACUGUAAAGGGGGUGAUGGUUCUGAAAAUGAACCUGAGGAGAGGGUGCGUUCAUGUCUGGGCAGGCUGUCUGUAGUUCACUGCAACAGCUCAGUGCAGCUCCUCCUAACCCUACACUACCUCGAAAACACCUUUUCCAGCCAGCCCUCCCUCGGCCUUCUGAUCAUCGACAGCAUUUCUUCCUUCUACUGGGUGGACCGAUUCAAUGGCGGCGAGAGCACUGUUUGUCAGGAGGCUAACCUGAGGAAGUGUGCCGAGCUGCUGGACAGACUCCGCAGAAACUACGGCAUUGUGAUUUUUGCAACCACUCACGCCAUAAUGAGGAACUAUGGAUCUGAUCCAGGGGUGUCAGAAGUGCCCGGCCCAUCAUCAUCUCGCAGGUGGAGGUCAGCUGAUAGUGUUACAGACUUUGACAAGCCCUACCUGUGUAGAGCAUGGCAGAGAAUAGUGACUCACAGAAUGCUGUUCACUAAAAGUCAUGUGUCGAAGGACAACAAGCAGGUUUUCUCCACAGCAUGUACCAGCAUAAUGACCAAAGGUGUCAAAAGAUGCUCGUUUCAUGUCAUGGAGGACGGUAUUAAAUUUGUAUGUGACAAGUGAACAUGUACUGACAUUUUCACCACGGGACAUAUUUGCUUUUGGGUUAUAACACAGGAGGGAUACUUGGUGGACCAAAAAAAAAAAAAGAUUCUUAAAAAGUCCAAAUAUUGCAAUACUUUUUCUUUUUUCUUUACUUUAAUAUAAUGCAAUCCUUUUUCUUUUUUCUUUACUAAAGAAAUGAUUGCAAUGGACCGUUCGUACAGAAACCUAUGUUGGUUUAGGGUGUAGGUGUUAGAUUAAUGGCCAAUGAAGAACUUAUUGUAUUCACUUCCCUUGAAAAAAGAAAAAAAAAAGGCAUUUUUUUUGUCAAGUCACUUUUAUUUAUAUAGUGCUUUAUGUAAUGGAUAUUUUCACAAUAAUAUAGAAAACGGGGAAAAUCAGUGAUGCAGAAAUAUGAGAUAAAUUCAAAUUCAGCUCUAAACAGCUGAAAAUAGUGUCAUGGAUUCAAUUCAGUUUAGUAACCGUAAAGUUCCUCGAUUACGAAACCACUUGAAAGCAGUUCAAGAUGAUAGUUCUGAUAUUCAGCUCAAAUCAAUUAAACGACAGUAUCAAUGUUGCAAAAUUGAUGAAUUAUGAAACAAAUUCGACUCCGCUGUAAAGCAGCUCUACAAAAGACAAUAGUGACAUUAUUCAGUUCAGUUGAGUUUAAGAUUUGUGUUCAUCAUCUGAUACUGUUGAUAGUGACAUCAAUUCAAUAAUAUUACGUAGUGCACACAAGUAAAGGAAAGUGCCAGUC